AUGGAUAAUAAUUAUUCUCAAUACUCUAGUCCAAUGCAUUUAAUCUCUAAUGUAGCUUUUAAAAAGGCUAUUCCGAGAUAUAGCAAUGCCAAUCGAAGCAAUUUAAAUGGAUAUAAAAAAUUCUAAUCUGUAAAUGAGUAUUAAAAAAGAUUUUUCCCUCUUCUUUAAAACGAAUAUUAUAGAUCAAUUGCUAGAGAUAAAAAGAGCUAUCUAUAUGAACUAAAGCAUGGAGAAUCAAUUCCAUUAAAAUUAAAAAUUCUUACAUGUGAAUUAGAGGAUUAUGCAUUCAAAAUUAAAAUUGAAUCUGAGUUAGAAGAAUUUGAUCCUAAUAUAACUUAACACUAGUAUUGGAAAUACAGACAUUAUUCUGAUUACUUAAUUUUCAAUGAGUCAUUUUCCUACCUAGGAGCAAUAUAUAUUAGGGAUUCUAAUUAAUUAAAUGAAUAUAUCACAUCUUUGGCAAUUUUUAAAAAGAAAGAUGAUGAUCAACACAUAUUGCUUCCAAAUAACAUAAUUGAUUAUCUCCCUGUUAACAUAUUAUACAGCAGAUUUAUUUAUUUUCAACCAUUCUGUCCUUUAAGUGCCUACCAAACAGAAACAGAUUGCCUAUUUUCAUUAUAAAAAUGUCCUUAUUUUAAUUUGAUAUUGAAUCCGAUAGAAAAAGUAAAUCAGGUUGAAACUUCUGAAUUUGCCAAAUAAGUAAAUGAGCAACGAUAGUAUUAUGUUUAAAAUGAAGUAUUUAAAAGGCAUUUUAAUGAUUAAUAAUUACUUGCCAUCAAGAUGGCCUUAGAUUACCAUAAAAGAGUAAAUAUAAUAAAAUAACUAAGUUUACUCUUAUAAAGGGUCCUCCAGGUACUGGUAAAACUCAAACAAUUUUAGGAAUCAUAUCAAUAAUGGCAGAGUUGCUGGUAUAGUAAGAUAAAGAGAAUGAAAAAUUAGGGGGUAUUUUAAUAUUAGCCAAAUCAAAUAGUGUGGUAAAUGAUUUAGUGAGAAAAAUUUAAAAAAACAUUUAAGAGUAGAAUUCAAUUAUUUAUUGUUUUAAUUAAAAACCAGAUUUCUUGAAAGUUAUUCGAUUUGGAAGACCACGUUUGUGUGAUUAAGAUAUUGAAGAAAGCAGUUUAGAAAUUCAAACUCAAAAACAAUUCUUUUAAGGCCUUACAGAUAAAGUAAAUUAGAUUGAGAAGAAGCAUAUAACUGAUAAAAUCAUAAAUCAGUUGAAAAAUAAGAAUUUGAUGGAUUAUAAAGAAUUUUUGGAAAUUAAUUAAGCCUAAAUAACCCUGAUUUCAUUAUUAAAUUUUAUCGAUGAUCUUAAUAGAUAAUGUAGCAAACCUGAAAUAUUAAAUGCAUAUGGUAGUUUUUAUAAAGAAUUAUCUUUAUUAUUAAAAACAGAAAAAAAGAAUUAUAAUGUAAUUGAAUAAGGUAUAAUUUAAAAUGUAAUAUAUAUUAAUAAAACAAUUAGUGUCGCGUUAUAGUGUCUACUUUAAAUAGUUGCUCAAAGGAGUGCUUAGAAUAUUAUUUUGAAAAAGUUAAUUUUCGAAUGUGCAUAGUUGAUGAAGCGCCUACAGCUUUGGAACCCUCAUUAUUGAUUCCAAUGGUGAAAUACACUAACAUUCAGAAGAUAGUAUUGCUUGGUGAUUUACAAUAAUUAAGUCCAAUUGUUGUUUCUAGAGAAUCAAAAGAAUAUGGUUAUAAUCGCUCUUUAUUUGAGAGAUUGGAUGAAGGAUUAGAUGCAAGCACUGUUUAGUUGAUUUCUUAAUACAGACAAAUGGAGAAUUUAGCAGAAAUUACUUCAUUAUUAUUUUAUAAUGGAAAACUCACCAAUGGUAUUAAAAAUAUGUAGUUGCCGCCUUGGAUAUUAUAGAAGGUGUCCAAUAAAAGAAAUAGACUAUUUUUUAGUGCUCCCCCUAACACAGAAAGUAGGGAGGAAACAAGCAGAAAGAAUGAUUUAGAAUGCUCAGCCAUAAUUCAUUUAAUUAAAUAUUUAUUAUAGGGUUUGGAGAUAAAGCCAAAUAAGAACUCAAUUACUGUUAUAAGUUGUUAUGCAGCCUAGAAAACAAAUUUAUACCUAAAAUUGUAAGAUGAAACAUUCAAGGAAGUAAUUGAUAUAAGAGGCUAUAAAAAAAUCAUAAAAUUAAGUGAUUUGAUAGAAUUAGACACUGUUGACUCCUUCUAAGGGAAGGAGAAUGAUAUAAUCAUCUUAUCACUUGUAAGAUCAAAUGAAUAGGCAGGCUUUGUGACAGAUAAGAAGAGAACUAAUGUUGCACUCUCUAGAGCAAGAUAUUGUCAAUAUGUUUUUGGAACUUACGAAACAAUGUCAAAAAACCUAUUGAAUUGGAAUAAACUGCUUAAAUUGCUUAAUCCAAAAUAAGAGAUAAUAAAAUAUAAUUAAUAAGAUUUAUCAAACCCAAAUUUCUUUCAAAGCAUAUUAAAAGCGGAAUGA